AUGUCUGUGUGUUUUCCAGCGAACGAAUACGGAACACUUUAUAUUCAGGAAUACAAGAAAAACAGCAAAGUGGAGUCAAGCACAUGCAGCAGCUUCAUGGGCUUGAAGGAUCAUCUGGGGCAUGACUUAGGCCACCUUUAUGUCGGGAGCACUGGCACACAAAUAAAUGCAAUUGUACCUUGGUCAGUGGCGGAGAAGCCAACGAUGGAUAAGGUUAAUUCUAGGAAAGAAGAUGUAGACAAAGAGGCAUCUGAAGAGACUUCUGGAAGCUCCAGCUGUGACUCUGAAGAAAGCACAAAUUCUGAUAAUGAUUCAGAGAGACUGAAUAAUUCUGCAUCAGAAUCACAUUUAUUGCCUAAGACUCACCGACAGCUGUGCCGAUCUCCUUGCUUAGAGCCUCAUAUACUAAAAAGAAAUGAAAUCUUGCAAGACUUUAGGAUAGAAGAGGCUCAGAUAGUACCUAAGGAAGUCAAAAAGCCCCCUGAUGUGGUGAAAGAAUAUCAAACCAAACUGGAGUUUGCACUUAAGUUGGGUUACUCUGAAGAGCAGGUUCAACUUGUACUAAAUAAACUUGGUACUGAUGCUUUAAUAAAUGAUAUUUUGGGAGAACUUGUCAAACUUGGGAAUAAAACUGAGACUGAUCAGACUGUAACUAAUGCUAACACUAGUGUAAUACGUGAAGCAUCUUCCAUAGAGUCUCAGAGGUCAGAGUCUCCGCUGCAGGAGGAUGUGACAGAGGAUGGUGACAACCUGAGGCCAGUAGUUAUUGAUGGCAGCAAUGUUGCAAUGAGCCACGGGAACAAAGAAGUAUUUUCUUGUCGAGGAAUCAAAUUGGCAGUAGACUGGUUUUUGGAAAGAGGCCACAAGGAUGUUACUGUGUUUGUGCCAGCAUGGAGGAAAGAACAGUCGAGACCUGAUGCUCUUAUCACAGAUCAAGAAAUCUUGCGUAAAUUAGAAAAGGAGAAGAUUCUUGUGUUCACACCAUCCCGCCGAGUGCAAGGGAGAAGGGUGGUAUGCUACGAUGACCGAUUUAUAGUGAAGUUGGCCUUUGAGUCAGAUGGCAUCAUUGUUUCUAAUGAUAACUACAGGGAUCUAGCUAAUGAAAAGCCUGAAUGGAAGAAGUUCAUAGAUGAACGCUUGCUGAUGUAUUCAUUUGUUAAUGACAAAUUUAUGCCUCCUGAUGAUCCUCUUGGCCGCCACGGUCCAAGUCUGGACAAUUUUCUUAGGAAGAAGCCUAUUGUGCCAGAACAUAAGAAGCAACCAUGUCCAUACGGGAAGAAAUGUACCUAUGGACACAAAUGCAAAUACUAUCAUCCAGAAAGAGGAAAUCAGCCUCAGCGAUCUGUAGCUGAUGAACUUCGUGCCAUGUCUAGAAGCACAGCUGCCAAAACCACAAGUGAAGGAGGACUGGUAAAAAGCAAUAGUGUUCCGUCUAGCACUAAAAAUGAUGGCACUUCUGAGCUGAAGCGUGCUGCUCCAAAGAGGCAAUCGGAUCCUAGUAUAAGGACUCAAGUCUAUCAAGACUUGGAGGAAAAGCUUCCCACCAAAAACAAAUUGGAAACCAGGUCUGUACCUUCUUUAGUUAGUAUACCAAGUUCCUCUGCUGCAAAACCCCAAAGUACUGCACCUUUAACUAACGGCCUUCCAUCUGGAGUUCACUUCCCACCUCAGGAUCAAAGACCACAGGGACAGUAUCCUACAGUGAUGAUGGCAACCAAAAAUCACGGAACGCCAAUGCCUUAUGACCAGUAUCCAAAAUGUGAGUCUCCUGUGGAUGUAGGGUAUUACUCUAUGCUGAAUGCAUAUUCAAAUCUAAGUAUAUCUGGUCCGCGUAGUCCUGAAAGGCGCUUCUCCUUGGACACAGAUUAUAGGAUUAGCUCUGUAGCUUCCGACUGCAGCAGCGAAGGGAGCGUUAGCUGUGGCAGUAGUGAUUCCUACGUGGGUUACAGCGAUCGCUCUUACAUGAGUUCGCCUGACCCACAGCUAGAGGAGAACUUGAAGUGCCAACAUAUGCACCCCCAUGGCCGCCUUAACACUCAGCCCUUCCUACAGAGCUACCACGAGCCUCUCACACGAGUGCAAAGCUAUAAUCACGAAGAACCAAAGCAUCACCACAAACCUCCAGUUCCGUACAUGGCUGUGCAUCUACAGCAUCCAACAGUCGGUGCUCGUUCUAGUUGUCCGAACGACUACUCUACGUCUCAGAGUUCGUCACAUUCAAAGACCAUGCAUCUGGGGAGAGCCCUCGUGUCCACAAGAAUAGACAGCAUUUCAGACUCGCGUUUAUAUGAUAAUUCUCCAUUAAGACACAGAAAGCCUUAUUCUGGCCAAGAUGGGCUUGGAAGUUGGGAUAGGCAGAGUUACGGGAUGGAUGCGUAUGGCUACCGCCAGACCUACUCCUUGCCGAGUAACCCCACACAGCCGUGUUAUGAGCAGUUUGCCUUCCAAAGCUUACCUGAACAGCAGGACCAGACCUGGCGCGUACCUUACUGUGGAAUCCCUCAAGACCCUCCAAGGCACCAAGACACCCGGGAGAAGGUUUACAUUAACCUCUGCAACAUCUUCCCCCCUGAUCUUGUGAGGAUCGUUAUGAAGAAGAACCCUCACGUGACGGACGCUCAGCAGCUCGCUGCAGCCAUCUUAGUGGAAAAAUCUCAGCUAGGUUAUUGAGAGAUGAUGCAUCUUUGUGGUGUCUAGUAGUUUUCAGCUCAGCUCUAAUGCUGAGGGAGGUUUGCUACAAUAGCAUUUGGGAUCUCCUUCUCAGCAAGGAGGUUAUAUAGUAAUCCGUUUAUGUGAAAUACUGUAUCAUGGAGUCUGUAUGUAUAGCCCCAUGCAUCGGAAGUACCAGAUAUGUUUUGUGUUCUAGUUUGAAAA